AUGGCCAAAAUGACAACCAAGUCAAGUUCGAGAGCUCUCUCCAUCCUGAAAGUGCUGGCUGUAGUCACACUAUUGACAACCCUCAACGCUGUCUCUGCCUCGACGUCCACGAAGGUCAACACGCAGUUGCAUGCUCUACACUUUGAUCGGAACGACGUCUCCUCUCACCGUUUCUUGAGAGCGGCCACAGUCCAAGAAGAGAGGAAGCUCGGUGUAAGUCUCCCAGGUCUUGGACAGGCCGCAAGCAGCACCAAGGCCUGGGCUGCCAACCUCAUCCAGAAGCUCCAGUUAAAGUGGUGGCAACUACGAAAGAAAUCUCCGAAUGAUGUGUUCGUGAAGCUAAAACUGCAGCAGGCAGAAAGCAAUCUGUUCGAAAGCCCGACGUUUGCCAAGUGGGUCACAUACGUCACGAAGAACAGCAAGGACACCCCGGAGACGGAAAUCUUCUUGACACUGGCAUUUCACUACCGUGACGCUCCUCUGGCCAAGAUGUUGGCUGCAGCUAAAGAAGUCGACAGCACGAGAGAGCUCUGGCCACUAAACUGGAAGGAUCAGUCCUCUCGUUGGAUUGAGGCCGGUAAAUCCCCCGCCGACGUAUUCACAUUGCUGGCGCUUGAGAAGGCCGGCGUGCAUGUCUUUUCAAACCCUCAAUUUGCCAGGUGGACGAACUACAUCGCUCAAGCCAAGACGGCAGACGCAGACGCGUUCAUUUACCGAGCUUUGAAAACGUACAACAGCGAUGAUGCUCUGGUCAAGAUGUUUGCCGAAGCCAAAAAAGUCGACAGCACCAAGGUCCUGGCCACUAAAAUGGAAGGGCUUCAGCUUUCCAGCUGGGUUAAUGGUAAGAAAUCGCCUGACGAUUUGUUUAAGAGUCUGGCGCUUGACAAGGCGGGAACAAAAGCCUUUGAAGCUCCUCAGUUUGCCGGAUGGACCGACUUCAUCGCUCAAACAAACACGAAAAACCCGGACAUGGCCAUUUACAUAACACUGGGAACCCACUACAGCGACGAGGCCCUGGCCAAGAUGUUCGCCGCAGCUAAAGAAGCUGACGCUGCCAAGGCUCUGGCUACUAGAAUGGAGGGGAUUCAACUUACCAACUGGGUGAAUGGCGAGAAAUCUCCUGAUCAAGUCUUCAAGAUUCUUGGGCUCAACAAGAUGGGCGCAGAGGGAUUUGCAAACCCUCAGUUUGCCAGGUGGACUGAGCUCAUUGCCACGGCCAGCACGAAAGACCCAAACGUCGCGAUGUUCACCACUUUGGCAGCCCAUUACAGUGACGACGCUUUGGCCAGGAUGCUUAUGGCGGCCGGCAUGGUUGAGAGCACGGAGAAUCCGGCGGCAAAUUUGUGUUUGCUGCAGUUUGAGAAAUGGUUCAGCCAGGGCAAAACUCCCGCGAGUGUUAACACCAUUUUGGGUGUAACCAACAACAGCGAUGAUCUCACUAAGAAAAUUUCGCGAGACUUUGAGAAAUUCUACGGUAAGAGAGAGGAGCCACCGGCGGGCCCUUCUUCGCCAAUCAAUUCGUAA